AUGACAUCAAUAUCCGAAGCACCUAAUCAUUAUGAAGAAGGUAGUCAAAAAGUGUCCGAAGCAGAAAGCAUUGACAUUGAAUCAGUAAUGGAGCAAGUAGAUAGGCAAAUCGUUCAACUUUGCAAUGAACUGGAAUGGUCACGUUAUAUACCGGCUAAACCGUCCCAGUUUGCACCUGAGCAGAAAGAACAACAAAAAUUUAUCCAAAAAAACCCCACAGUGGAAUUGGGAAGUAAAUCGACACAAAGAAUGAAGAAAGCCGGAUGGGGGACACCUGCGCUCAGGAUGAGGAACUUGGGUAGAAGGGAUGGGGAAACCUGA